GUGAUAAUGACGUCGAUUGGGGAAACGUCAGCUGCUGGCCACUACUACCAGUGGUGAAGUUCCCCUUCUUCAAGAUUCGUCGCUAUUCCACAUCUAUGUCCGUCAAGACCGUUGCAGUCUGUAACUUCUCCGAUCUCAAAGAUGGCCAAAUGAAAGAAGUGUCUUUUGAAAACGAAGGAAAGGUGGUGGUAUAUCGCCUUGGUGACGCUGUGCACGCCACCAGUGCAUUCUGUACCCAUUAUGGCGCACCGUUAGUAAAAGGUGUCCUCGCCGCGGAUGGUCGUGUGGUUUGUCCAUGGCAUGGAGCUUGUUUUAACAUUUGCACUGGCGAUAUUGAGGAUGCCCCUGCUCCUUCUGCUCUUUAUUCUUUCAAGACUCACAUCGCCGAUGGAAAAGUCCUUGUCACUGCUGACGUCACUCGUACCCUUAAGGCCAAUGCGUCCCGACCACCUAAGCUACUCUCUGCUGGUGCUGUGCCUGCUUGUAAAGGCGUCGUCAUUAUCGGUGGUGGUGCGGGCGCCUUUCAUGCUAUCGAAAGCUUGAGAGAGCACGGCUACUCGGGAAGUAUUACUGUACUGUCUAAGGAGAUGUAUGCUCCUAUCGACAGGACAAAGCUCAGCAAGGCUUUGAUCACUAACCCAGCCAAGAUCGAGUGGCGGAGCGCGUCCGACCUGAAAAUCAGAUACGGCACGACGCUCCGCCUUGGAGUGACUGUGACAUCAGUGGACACAUCCACGAAACAAGUCAUAUUUGAAGGUGGAAAGGAGUCAGUUCCUUACGACAAGUUGAUUCUGGCUACGGGUGGAACACCGCGUCGCUUACUUAUCGAGGGCGGCGGCUUGGAAAAUGUCUACACUUUCCGUGGAAUAGAAGACGCGAAGAAGGUAGAUGCUGACGCUCAAGAAGGGAAACGCAUGGUCGUUAUUGGCAGUUCUUUCAUUAGCAUGGAGCUGGUUGUUGCAGUAGCAAAACGGAAGUUGGCUUCUAUCGACGUUAUUGGUAUGGAAGAAUUUCCCUUUGAAAGCGUGUUGGGAAAAGAAGUUGGAAAUGGGUUGAAAAAGUAUCACGAAUCGCAAGGUGUCAAGUUCCACAUGCGAACCAAAGUAGACAAGAUCGUAGCGUCGGAAAAUAAUCCGUCUCAGGCAUCUGGUGUUGUAGUCAACGGCCAGAUCAUACCCGCUGACUUUGUUGUGAUGGGUGUCGGGGUUGCCCCUGCUACCGAGUUCCUGAAGCAAAGCGGUUUUGCGUUAGAGAAAGACGGAGGCAUCAAAGUUGACGAGUACCUUCGCGUGCUUGGACAUACGGAUGUGUAUGCCAUCGGUGAUAUCGCAUGGUAUCCCCAAGUCGGCACAGGGGAGAGUAGGAGAAUUGAACAUUGGAAUGUCGCUAGUAACCAAGGUCGGGCGGUGGGUAUGACCAUCUCCGGAAAACCUCAACCCUUUGUCAAGAUCCCUAUAUUCUGGAGCGCGCAGGGUCAACAACUUCGCUACUGUGGCACGGGCGCGGGAUACGAGGAUGUCAUCAUCAAGGGCGACCCUGGCGAGAUGAAGUUCAUCGCGUACUACGUGAAAGGCAAUCGUGUUGUUGCCGUUGCCAGCAUGCAAAAUGACCCUGUCGUUAGCAAGGCAUCUGAGCUCCUUCGACUCGGACUCAUGCCGUCACCCGAUGAAAUCAGGGGGGGCAAGGUAAGGGUAUUUCAGAGACCCACAACCUUCUCACGUUCACACGAAACCUACCAUCAGAACCUCCUUGACAUUGACAUCUCCUGCGUCGAGUCAAAGGUGCGAGUUGAAGGUGCAUGAGCGUGGGUAAUUCCCUUCUGUAUCUGUAGUAUCAUCUAGCUGUACAUCAAAAUGUCCAUUAACUACUCUUCUGCAAGAUUGUACUGCAUUUGUCCUCGCAACAGCAAGAGAGUAAAAGCAGAAACAAGGAUAAUAUAUGUAAUUCCACGACUUGGGCAGCCUAAUAGCAGCCAAAGUGUGUAGGGAGUAUAUGGGAAACGAAAGGGAAGGGAAGGGACGUCGACUCA